UCGAAUGCAGCUGGUGGACUUUAAUACCUGUUGCAGACUUUAAAUUUCGUCACUGCUGCAGUUCACAAACAGAAUUUCACUUUGCAUUUGGAUGCAUUUUUUAUAACGGCUUGCCAGUCCAUGAGAAUUCUUCGACUGAAGCUAUGCUCUUCUUUUCAACCCCACCUCCUCUCUGCCUGAUCCUCCUCCACGUUCUGUCAUACAACUCCCCUGUUCUCUCCUGUCAGACUGAAUACUACAGCCAGUGUGAGUCUGCUCCCUUUGUACCAGGUUACAACCUGGUGGGGGAGGGAUUCGACUUGGUCACCCUGAGACGAACAUCAGCCUAUGUGGCUGAUGUGAGGACCUACCUGACUCCAGAUGGCGACUGUACUCUCUGUACCAACCCCCUUCAAGGCAACAGGCUGGAGAAAGUGCCAGUCUCUGUAGUGGACUGGCGUGCAUUCAGCCAGUGCAACACUGAUAUUGACAGCAGUGUACACAACUAUGUUGGCUCACUGAUGAAGGAUGGCCUAAAUUUGGAUAUAGUUCUCAAUGAUGAGUUGAUUGUGGGAGGAACACGUUCCCAAGCCUAUAUAUUUGCUACAAAAAGGGCUGCAGAGGAUCGGUACACCUUCAGUGUACAUGGCAUCACCUGCAAAUAUUAUAGUUUCCGUUUAGCAAACAGACCACUUCUUAGCCCAGAGUUCAAGAGGGAUGUGGACAAUCUGCCAAGUCGCUACAAUUCCUCCACCAGCUAUCAGUAUGAUAAACUGAUACAUACCUAUGGGACGCACUACAUCCACAAGGUUUUCCUUGGGGGCCGACUAAGGAGAAUCACAGCCACACGAACCUGUUUGUUCACACUGAACGGGCUCAACUCAGAUGAGGUUCACUCCUGUCUAUCACAUGGAUUUUCUCUCAGCUUGGGGAAGGAGAAAUCAUCCAGUCUCCGACAAUCUUGCAUGAAGGUCCUACAAAACCAGGAUUCCACCACUAUGUACCGCGCUGGUCUCCAUAAACACCACACUGAAGUGAUAGGAGGCAAUGAUUGGUCAGGGGACUUUGCCUUCAAUGUUGAUGACUCUGUGGGCUUCAGAAAUUGGCUGAACAGCUUGAAGGAUUUCCCAGAUACAGUUUCGUACUCCCUUCUGGCACUGUAUGACCUGAUGCCAACUGAGGCAAAAAAGGAAGGGGUAAAGACUGCCAUAGAGAAGUACUUAUCUGAUAACAUCAUAGGUUCCUCAUACAAAGAGAAAUUUUGUCAGCACCCCGAUAACCUGGCUUCCAACUGCUGUCCUAUACAAGCCAGGAGGGGGCUACUGAAUGUGACCAAAAUUCAAGCCUGGGAUCUGUCGGGAGAUACUUGGGGUACGUCUGACAGCUAUGUUGUAUUGAAGAUUGAUUCCAUUGAACGCAGGACUGAAAUGAUUGAGUCAAACGACCCUAUUUGGAACACUGAAUAUGAGCUCGGCACGGUAAACACAAACUCACUUUUGGAGGUCCAGAUUUGGGACGUUGACCCAUCCUAUGACGAUCUUUUGGUAUCAUGUGAGAAAGAACUGCAGACAGGGAUGAACGCAUUUAGGUGCUCAUCCAGCGAAGGUCGCUUUGAGCUCCAUUACACUCUGAUGUGCCACCCUCAUCUGACAGGAGAGAAGUGUGAGCGCUAUCAACCUUCACCAUAGUUACAAAUCCUGUAUCUGAUAUCUGUAUCAGAUCUGUUGAACUUACAACGUAAAGAAUCACAUCAGUUUAUACCUCUUAACAUUAGGAUACAGUUUUCCGGUUGACUUCAUUUAAUGUACAUUUUUAUGACAUUUGUAUUUUUUGAUCAAAUAAAUCAAGAUUAUAGUCAUACACUGACUAGCAUUAUAUAUAGUUUAAAUAAAAAACAAGCACUUUUUAAAUUUCAGUGGGUUACAAUUAUAAAUCUAGGUCUAUGAACAUAAACAUCAAAUCAGAUAUUGUGUACUCCCAUCUUUCAGCUGUGCAAGAACUGUCAAAUCCUUGUGGCAUCAUCUUUGUUUCUUCUCAUGUAAAUAAAGUUGUAUUGUGUUGGAUUGACUGAAGUGCAAUCGAAGUUUCCUAAACCGAUGUAGUGACUGUGGAUGUAACUCCAUUAAAGACAGAAUAGCUAAAA